AUGGCGAACAAGCGCAUGGUUUACGUUGGAGGAUUAGCUGAAGAAGUUGACGAAAAAGUCCUCCAUGCUGCCUUCAUUCCAUUUGGAGACAUCACAGAUGUACAAAUACCGAUGGAUUACUCAAGUCAGAAGCACCGAGGCUUUGGAUUUGUUGAGUUUGAACUAGCAGAGGAUGCAGCUGCCGCCAUCGACAACAUGAAUGAAACUGAACUUUUUGGGCGCACAGUCCGUGUUAAUAUUGCUAAGCCUAUGAAAAUAAAAGAAGGGUACAGCCGUGCAGUGUGGAGUGAAGAUAACUGGCUUAAAAAAUACGCAGGAAAGACCGUGGAAGACUCCGAAAUGAAAGAUGCUGAAGAGCAAAGCCAAGAGGCUACUGGCGAAGAAGGAACGGUGAAAAAGAAAGGGAAUCCUCGCGUUUUCUUGGAUAUAACCAUCGGGGGGCGUCAUGCAGGACGUGUAACCAUUGAACUAAGGCAUGAUGUUGUCCCAAUGACUGUAGAAAACUUUCGCUCUCUCUGCACUCACGAGAAAGGGUUUGGAUACCGAGGAAGUAUAUUCCAUAGGGUCAUUCCGCAAUUCAUGCUUCAAGGCGGAGAUUUUACUAAACACGAUGGUACUGGGGGAAAGUCCAUUUAUGGUCAGAAAUUUGCGGAUGAGAACUUUGUGCUCAAGCAUACUGGUGCUGGUGUAUUAUCUAUGGCUAACUCUGGCCCUAACACAAACGGAUCUCAGUUUUUCAUCACCACUGAAAAAACCGACUGGUUGGAUGGAAAACAUGUUGUUUUUGGUCAUGUUAUUGAUGGACUGGAUGUAGUAAGGAAAGUUGAAGCAACUGGUUCAAAGGGUGGUAAAACAAGCAAGAAAGUUGUGAUUGAAGAUUGUGGGGAGUUGUAA